AUGUUUUCGUUGCCUAUGAUCGCGCCGCGCCCAGACGCCAGCCUCUGGCCCUCCCACCACACCACCCACGCCGCUUUCGAAGAUACCCACCCGAAUUCCCCUCCAGACACAGCCCAUGGCCAAAACCAGCGACGCCCUACCUCGCACCAUGGCCCUCGUCGCAUUCAAAAUCAAUUCCUCGCCAGUUUAGCCGCCGACGAAAACACAAUCGCCCAGCGUAAACUCAAUGUUCGCAGAUUCGGUGCGGGUUGGAUUCGUCCACCCGGUGUCACCAAAACACUCCAAGCCAGGGAGGACGAAAAGUUCGAGAAGGAGGAACAAGAGAUGAUGCAGCGCAGAGAGCAAGCCAUGAUGGAUUUGGCAGCCGCACAACAAGACGCCGCAAACGAGGAGCAAAGGGAGAGAGGAGAGAUGGCGGAAGAGGCUGGAGAAGGCGAAGAAGAAAGAGACCUUGACGACGAAGUCCCCGAGGCAGAAAGCACACCCAGCGCAUCCGCCUCCGAGGUCUCCAGCGACGAAGAAUCAGAGGAGGAAGCUAGCGAAGUCAGCGGUGAUGUCCAGGAAGAAAGCACAGUACCGUUCAACGAGGACAGCUUCAUCGAGGGCAGCAUGUUGGAAGCAGAAGUAUCGCACAUGUUGGAGAUGGAGGAGGCGGAGAUGGCAGGCGUCCUGCAAGAUGAGCGCGAUCUCGAUGACGAUGUACCAGAAGCCGGGAGUUACGAACACACGGAUUCCGAACUCGAAGAUGAUAGCGACGUGGAUAAUAGCGCCAUUCCACCUGUGGACGCCAUAUUUCAAGCCGCAGAAGUUCGGGAUUGCCUGGGGGCAUGA